CUGAUGUGUUAAAACCGCAGUGUCCAACAGUAAAAAUUACCCAUCGUCUCAGCUACUGAAACGAGCCAAACGUACCGCCACCUUCGACUCUUAUCAUUUUUCAAUUCACCCUCACGUGAAUAAGCCUCUUCCCACACGUUACACAAAUACUCAGAACCAUGUCGACUGCCAUGUCGACGUUCUUCCUGCUCAUGGUGAGCCAAUUGUCCAUGCUGGCUAACGCUACAGACUCGGCCAGCGACACGGUCGAGUCUCUCUUCGACUCCACGGACGGCAUCAAGGUCGGUGGGAGUGUUCUGGCCAUCGCUGCGAUUGCAGUCGGCGCCGUAAUGGUGGCCAUGGGCUAUCGUCUCUUCCGAGCGACGCUCUUCGCUGUCGGCUUCGUGGCCGGCGGCGUAGCAGUCGCAAUGGUCGUUGAGCACGUCUUCGACGACAAGUCGUGGGUUAUCACGGCGUCCUGGAUCGCCUUCGUAGUGGGCGGUUUGAUUUGUGGCAGUAUCGUCAUGUCACUCUACUCGCUCGGUAUCUUCAUUGCUGGCGCGGCGGCGGGUGUUGCGCUCGCCAUGAUGAUCCACAACUCGGUGGGCUACAAGAUCUACCCGGACCACCCUCAGGUGGUGCUUAUCGUGCUGUGUAUUGUGCUGGGUAUUAUCGCCGGCGUGUUGGCGCUACGACUCGAGAAGCCCGUGCUGAUCACGGCUACAAGCCUCUUCGGUGCGGCUAUCCUGGUCUGGGGCGUGGGCUACUUCGCUGGUGACUUCCCAUCCACCAGCGACCUCAAGGACUACGCGUCGAGGGACAUCAACGGCGACUGGGUCUACUCGAUCCCGGACGCGUGGUGGGGUUACCUUGCCGGUAUCCUAGUGCUGUUCGUGCUGGGUUUACUCAUUCAGUUCCGCAAGACUGGCCGCGGCGGCGUGUACCACAAGUCACACGCCAUGGGACGCACGGAAAACGUGCAGUACGUCGAGGCCGGCACCCCGCAGGAGCAAAACGUGCGCUACGGCAACCCGGUGAGCCACGUUUAAAGACAGCAACUACUUCAGUAGGAUGUACACUAGGCGAGCGCCUUGACACGGUGUCAACGACAUCGGCAACUUUCAGACAGACAACACAGACGUAACAUUUUAUCAGAAAACCACAGUUUUUCAAUUCGUUUCCACAUCCUAACAUUGGCUUCAGGUUGCGAAUUCUCAAAUGUCCUCGAUUCGUACAGUGAGAAAUGAAACUUUUUUUUUUUAUCUCGGUGACAUUCGAUGGUCUCC